UUCUUCUUCUUCUAUAAAUGGAACCCCAAGAAGAGCCUCUUCGCUGCUACCCAAUAAAUCAAAACACAUUACUCCUAAACCAAAACCAAACCCAUUAUUCAAUCUCUUCCUUCAUUUUUUAAUCGCUCUUUACUUCAAUGGCCAAUCAGCUGGGGAAUUUAGUGGAAUCUAUUAAAUCCAAGGUGAAAGCAUUGAAGAAAUCCAAGAAGCCAUAUAUCAAGAUGGACAAAAGCUCCAGCGUUAAAGUUGAGAUCCGUAGCCGAAAAGCUCGUUUGUUGAUCGAUAAAACCCUGAAAGUCGCGGAUCGUCCUGGCAAACGUACAAUUUCUUAGCCCAAACUCACUCACUCAUUCAGGUCUUUUCUUUUCUUUUCAUCAUCACUUCCUAUUUUUGUUCUCUCUCUUAUCUCAUCUUCGCCUUCUCAAAUCAAUUGUGUCCAAUCUUAGUUUUCCUUUCUCCCUUCAUCAUUAUGUACCUUCCGAUUCUGUGUGAUACUCAGAUCAGAUCGGUUUAAAUAUUAUUUUAGUCUACUUUUAGUUUUGGGACAGUGUACUCUCAAUCAAUCGGGUUCGUUUUGGUUCUUGUAAUUAGUAUUCCUUUAAAAAAUAGUAUUUAAACCAUCUCGAUAUGGAACCGUUUCGGAAACUUUGUAAUUAAUUAUGAAUCACACAGUAUGAAGUAUUACCAAUUUGGUCUUGGGUGUUC